AUGGGCUGCAAGUGCGUAUAUGGGCUAUGUGGCUGGCUGGGAGUGCUGGCGCUGCUGAGCGCCGCCGUGCUGGGCUGCUGCCUGCGCCGUCCUGCCGUCCCCACACAUCACCAUCCCCACCAUCCCCACGUGCGCUGUUACGGCACAGCGGAGCUGCGGGAUGGAGAGGCCCCAAUGCACCUCCUGGGCCGCAGCCUGCGCUGGGAGCAACACGUGCCGGUGCAGUUGGUGCCGCAGAUCGAGGCUGCGCAACGGAGGAGGAGGAGAAGGGAGCAUUCAUGUCCUGCACUGCAGCUCCGCGCUGGGCUGCACAGUGAGCCCCAUGAGAGAUCCAUCUCACCAUGGCGGUAUCGCAUCGACGAGGACGAGGACCGCUACCCACGCAAGCUGGCCUUCGCCGAGUGCCUGUGCACCGGCUGCGUGGAUGUGAAGACAGGGAGGGAGACCACGGCGCUCAACUCGGUGCCCAUCCAUCAGACCAUGAUGGUGCUGCGCCGCAAGCCCUGCCCGCGCCCCUCCAGCCCCGGCCUCAUCACGUUCGAGGUGGAUUACAUCCGUGUGCCCGUGGGCUGCACCUGUGUCCUGCCCCGCACCGGGCGCUGACCCCGCUCCCUUGGAGCACCCCCAACCCUGUGACCGUGUCACCCUCCUCGUGCUUGUUUUAGAGCACUCAUUCCACCUCCACCUCCCUCCUCCUCGACCCCACCACCAUUUAUUUAUGAGUUAUUUAUGAUGCCCGC